AUGUUCGCAGCCACUCAACGAUUCUGGUUGUCAGCCCUUGCGGCGACAACCCUCCUCUUCACCACGUCAACGUCCGCCGCCGCCGUUGUCCAGCCCCGGCAGGGCGAUAUUCCCGUCAACGACUGGAUCACCAUCGACCCCAACGGCAAUGCUCGAACCAUCACGCCCUCCGUCGUCACCAGCAACGGUGCACUAGCAACCAUUAGCCCGCCGCCGUACUCGCUGACAGGGUCCGUUUACACCGUCACUGCAACCACCGGCGGACUCACAACGAGCACCGGCGCACCGCCGCCACCCAAGGCGAGCAACACCUUGGGUUACGGCGGUGUUUUCCCAGUCUGCAACAAUAAAGUGGGCAAUGACUCUCCAUUUUGUUUUCCGAGACGGGAGAGCACUCUGCACGUGGAGUCGACGUAUUACAUUCAAAAAGUUACUUGGGAUACAACCUUCUUCGCAGACGCCGCCACGCCCAUUGUCAUUGUCGGCUUCGAUGUCGACAACGGCAUUACCGCCAGUGCACCCGCCUUCUCCGUGACGAACCUCAGCGGCGGCGAUGGUUGGGUCCCCUGGACCCCUCGCGUUACCGACCUCGAGGAGAGAGACUCUAACAACAUGACCAUUAUUCUCAUAUACAGCGACCCCGAAACUGGCGAGGAGAUGAACAGAACCGGGCCUGUCUUCACUCUCCGGGCCGCGCUCGACACUGACCCUCAAGCUCGAGACCGAACCUUCUUGCUAUUCUCUUGCCCGCGUCAUGCUGCUAUCGCUGCCGCAGCGGAACGAGAAAAUGCAUCCUACGCCACGGGUCAGACCCGCGGCAUGCAUGGGCAUAAAGGUAGCGCAGACAUCCGGCUUGGGCCAACAAGCCCUCCUCCCGGCGAUUCGCCUGGAAGAAAUGUAUUUCAGGACGAGGUCCGUAGACAGGAGCGCGAGAGGAAGUAA